AUGUUCGCAACGCUCAUAUCUAAUGCUCGGAUCUUCGAUGGUGUCUCUGUGGUAUCGGAAUGCGGCCAUGUCCUUAUCGAGUCCGGUCGCAUUACACAAAUCUCGUUAAUGGAGCCUCUGUCGCCCGAGUCGCCAUGCAAGGUGGUGGAUGCCUCUGGCUGCACAUUGCUGCCUGGCCUCAUUGAUGCACACAUGCAUGUGUUUCAAGAUGUCCAGCUCCUUGAAAUUGCGAUGCGAUACGGCGUCACCACAGUAUUGGACCUGCAUAAUGAGCCGGAAUGGUUCAAGGCGAUUAACGCGAUCACCCGCCAGAGAAACGAUGUCGCGGAUGUCAAGUCGGCGUGCUAUGCUGCGACUAUCAAAAACGGGUGGCCUUCUGCAAUUGUCAAGCUAGUUUCUCAGGAACCGGAUAUCGAUGAUCGAAUUGCCAAAUGGCCCGAUCUUACGGACAAGAAAUCCGUUGAGGAGUAUGUUGCCAGGACCAAGGCUGCUGGUGCCAGCUUCAUCAAGCUGAUGCAAGAAGAUGGCUAUACAAUUGAUCUCCCUUUCCCUGAAGUCCCAGUCCCCACUCCCUCAUUCGAGCUCCAGAAAUGUAUCGUGGAUACAGCCCAUGAAAAUGGCCUUCUGACUCUUGCCCAUGCUCUAAGCAACCACUCCACUCUCCUUGUUCUAAAAGCAGGGGUGGAUGGUCUGGCGCAUGUCUCAAUGGAUCCAGUCACCGAUGAACUGAUCCAAGCAUUCAAGAAAAAUAACGCUUUUCUCAUCCCUACCUUGGCCAUCAAUACCUCUUGCAGUGGCGCGGAACAGGAAUCUCGUGAAAAAUUUGCGAGUGACCUGGAAGGCGAGGAGAAGGAGCAUCUUUGCGGUUGUAUGCACAUCACGAAGAAAGAGUUCUCGUCUGAGACUGCCUACGAGCAGGUUAUUGCUCUGAAAGAGGCUGGAAUCGAUAUUCUCUGUGGAACUGAUACAUCCAUCGACCUGAAGGGAACCCGAUCGGGUGCUUCGGUUCAUCAUGAGCUUUGGCUUUAUGUCAAUAGAUGCCGUUUCACUCCCUUGGAGGCUCUCGUCUCGGCCACCUCUAAGAUUGCAGAUCGCUUUGGAUUCUCCGAUCGGGGUAAGAUUGAGGAGGGUCGACUUGCUGAUUUGGUACUCGUGAGUGGAGACCCUGUGCAGUCUAUUGAUGCGCUGCGUGAUAUCAAGGGUGUUUGGAGAAACGGGGAAAGACUUGCCCAGAAAUAG